CGUGUUUGACAAUCUAACGCGGUUGUCUUCUUUGAAAGAGGCUGUUGACUCGUUGGCACAACACAUUUACAAAUAAAACAGACACGUAGCUACGAUAAGUCACAGCUGACAAUUGUAAGGACACCAUUUUACACCGUCCCAUAUGGCUACACCAUUACCUCAAAAGGGGCCUGGUCUGGCUGGUAUGCUCUCCCAACAGCAGCAGUCCCACCUGCCCCCAGGCUUAGGCCCCGGCCAGCCUGCCAUGCUCCCUCAGGGAGCCCUGAGAGAAAUCUCCCCUGUGUUCCUCUGUCGAAUCGGCCAGGAGACCGUCCAGGACAUCGUCACACGCACCAUGGAGAUCUUCCAGAUCACACGAGCCACACAGUUGCCUAACGGGGUGACCCAGAGCCAGGCUGUGUAUCAGGACCGCUUCGGGAAACUCCAGGAGCACCUCCGUCAGCUGGCCCUGCUUUUUCGCAAGCUCCGCCUUCUCUACGAACGCUGUGUUGAGAUGACCUCUGACCUGCAGGAAGAACCCUCAGAGCUGGUGCCAUAUGUAAGGGAGGAGAUGGCCCCUGUGAGAGUGGAGCCCUGCAGUCCGGCUGUAAGCCAGGAGAGACUAGAAGUGCUGGAGAAGAUGAGGCAGAAAAACCAGGAGAUGAAGAUUCUGAUGGACCAGAUGAGGAACCUGUUAUGGGACGUCAACGCAAUGCUGACACUCAGGAAAUGAUAUCACAGAUGAACUCUCCCUCACUGCACUUCACGAUGCCCUCCAACUAGGGGCCAUGGGUUUUUCCUGACCCAGGAAACUCUUGGCCCUAGUACCUCCAACCAUUGUUGUACUUGUGUGAGACAGACUGCUAGAAGCUUUUGGUGAUCAACCUUUACAGUAUGGUGCUUUCAGAGACAUUGAAUGAACUGAGUUUACUACAAAUGUUUUGUACUGUCAGUAUCUUUUUUUUCUUUUCUUUUUUUUACUCCGAUAUUAUGAGUUCAGACUUGCCAAGCCUCAGGUGAAUUUCCUGCCUUUUGAGUGGUAAGCACUGACUCAGGACCAGCUAAAUAAACUUGAAUUCAGUGUUGUGAAUUUUA